AUGUCGGUAAAAAAUAAAAUGCACAUGAACGACCUUAACAAAACUCUAUUUAGGGAAAAUUACAAAAUUAAAAGAAAUUCAAGAGAAGAAAUUGAACUAAUGGAAACAAUUGAAAAUUUUAGUGAUGAUAUAAUGUUGAACAACGAUUCUUUUGAUAGCAAUACAUAUACAAAAUCAUCAACGAAAAAGGUUAAUGAAAAGGGAAAUGAAAAAUCCAAAAAGGACAAUAAUUUAAAAAAGUUAAAAAUACACACUGGGAAAAGCAACAACAACCUCAUCGGUACAAAGGGUACCGGAGACAACAUCACCAACAACAGUUGCAAUAGUAACAGUAACAGUAACAGUAAAAAAGAUGAAAAUUGUUAUACAAAUAUACCCCAAAUAUAUGAAACUCAUGACUCAUGUCCAAAGGAAGAAUUUCACGUAGGCCCCAAUGAAGCGAACGAGGAGGAAAUGAACAUCCUUUCAAAUGUUAUGGCCGUGCUAUACAUAAUCAUAGCAAUAGUUACAAUUCUACACCUACACUUAGAUGAAGACCAUCCAAUAAUAAAGACCAUCAGCACGCUGAAACUACAAUUUGUUGCCAUGAUAAAAGAUGUGCCAGCUUUCAAAAAUCUAAUGAAUACCGUAGAGUUAAUAAAUACCAAAAUUAACAUUCUUCUAGAUGAUGCGAUGAUGAAAUCGAACAUCAUCAAGCCAUAUAUAGAAGCACUAAAACCAUUAAAUACAGAAUUCACGGUUUUAUUUAUCAUUUUAAUUCUUAUGUUUUUUACUGCUAUCUCUAUUUUAUGUAUAAUACAUGGUAUAAUAAAUAUGAAGAAUGACAAAAUUUUUUUGGAAAAAGAAAGUACCGUAUAUGUUACCAACAAAAUGACAAUAGAAGAAUACGAAGAUAAAUCCUUCACAUAUAGUGAAUUAGCCAAACUACAUAGUGAUAAAGAUUACAUUUGUUUAAAAAAUAAAAGAGCAGGUGAAGGUAUUGAGUCAUGGAAUUGGCAAGUAAGGAAAGUAAAAAAUGAAAAUACUGACGAAAAUUUAUGUAGUGAUAUCGAACUUUCUGACAUAGGUGAAAACUAA